CGCGCGGCGGCCUGGGCGACUCCAUCGCUCGAGCAGGGGGUGUGGAACGGUCACGCCGUCACCCCGCCUUCCCCGGGCAUAUAGAUCCGCCCGGGCAGCGGUCGCACCGGAAGCCGCCGCUGCCGCGCCGCGCGCGCUGGGCUUGUCGUGGGUUUUCACCGCCGCGUGCGCAGGGGGAACGAACGGGGCUGCCGCUGCCUCCGCCCCGGGGCGGGGUUUCCCUACAGCCCGCCCUGCGGGGCGGCGCGCACAUGGCGGGAGCUGAAGCCCCGAGGAACCGGAGUCCUCGCGCGGGCAGCUUCCCCCCGCCCCUCCCCAUGGGCGCGUGCAGGGAGCCGGUUCCCCAGGCCGGAGACCCGGGGCUGCCCCUGCAGUGGGCUAGAAGAUGAACUCAGCUGAAUUCAAUGAUGAUGACGAAGUUAAAAUUAUAAAAAAUAAUCUUGUGAAAGUAGAAACAGAAAAUGAAGAUGAAGCACUAGACUGCUCCGUGACAUCCAGAUCUCCUGAGAAACACUCACUGGAUGGCUCAGUUACUUGCCUACACGAUUCCAACAAACGGAAACAGACCUCACUUGGUUGUGAUGGUUCAGGGAGCCAGCAAGAGGUUUUGCCCAGUGUGAAGAAAAGACGCUUUACUCAAGAGGGCCUCAUUUCAAACAUGAAGAACCGAGAUAUUGGGUCACCCACUCAGGUAAACGUAGAGCAGCCUAACAAGAACAAGAAUCCCAAUAUAACGUGGCUGUGUGAAGAAGAACCCUUCAAUGACGUAACCAUUCCAUCCUACAAGAAACCUCUGUAUGGCAUCUCACACAAAAUAACAGAGAAGAAGAGCACACCAGGGGCAGAGCAGUUUUCUUCCUAUGAGCUGUUUGAAAAGGUCAAUCCAAGCAGCCCCUCCCAUCUGCGGAGUUUGAGCGAUCAACGCAAAAGGGAUUCUGCUGCUACCAUCACUGUUACAGCUUCCACUGCAGAUUCUGAUCCCAACAUAUAUUCUUUGAUACAGAAAAUGUUUUACACACUCAACACCCUGAAUUCCAAUAUGACUCAGCUUCACAGCAAAGUUGACCUCUUGUCUCUUGAGGUCAGCAGAAUUAAAAAGCAUGUUAGCCCAACAGAGUCUGUAGCAGAGUUCAGACCUCCCCCAGAAUACCAGCUGACCGCUGCGGAACUCAAACAGAUCAUGGAUCAGAGCACCUCAGGUGGAGAUUUGGCUUGCCGGUUACUAGUGCAGCUUUUCCCAGAGCUCUUCAGCGAUGAUGAGUUCAACAGGAGCUGCAGCACAUGUGGCUUCCUUAACAAAAAGAAACUUGAAUCGCUUCAUCUGCAGCUUAUCCGAAACUAUGUGGAAGUUUGUUAUCCUUCUGUGAAGAACAAUGCUGUGUGGCAGGUGGAGUGUUUGCCUCAAGUUAAUGACUUUUUCAGUAGGUUUUGGGCACAAAGAGAAAUGGAAAAUAGUCAGCAAAGUGUGCAGUCAUCCAGUUUCUAUGAGGCUGAGCAGGUAGAGUCCUCUCAUUUCAUUGAGGAUAAAGAGCAGGAGGAAGCUUUGUCGCUGGACAGGGAUAAUGCCACCACCUCAGAUUAUGUUCUGGAUGCUCAGGAUCUCAAUGAAUUUUUAGAUGAAGCUUCAUCCCCUGGGGAAUUUUCUGUGUUUUUGUUACACAGAUUGUUUCCUGAGCUCUUCGACCACAGGAACCUGGCUGAAAGAUAUAACUGCUAUGGAGAUUCUGGGAAGCAAGAGCUGGAUCCUCAUCGACUUCAGAUAAUUCGAAGGUACACAGAAAUUUACUUUCCUGAUGUGCAAGAAGAGGAUGCAUGGUUGCAGCAGUGUGCCCAGCGAAUAAAUGAUGAGCUUGAAAGUAUGUAUAUGGAUGGGAGUGAGUGUGAACAAAUGAGAGACGACUGGAAUGAUUCUUCUAGUUUGCCUGACGAUGUGUCUAUCAUAAAAGUGGAAGACAACUUUGAAUAUGAAAGGCCAGGAAGAAGGUCAAAAAAGAUUUGGCUUGUGCCCAUAGACUUUGAUAAACUUGACAUUCCCCCUCCCGAUUUUGAUGUUCCUAUCCCGGAUUACCUGUUGAACAAGGAACAAAUUAAAAAUAUAUAUGAAAGCAGUCUGUCCAUAGGAAACUUUGCAUCUCGAUUGCUUGUUCACUUAUUCCCUGAACUGUUUACUCAUGAAAAUCUAAGGAAGCAAUACAACUGUAGCGGAUCACUAGGCAAGAAACAACUUGAUCCAACCAGGAUUAAAUUAAUUCGACACUAUGUGCAAAUAUUGUACCCAAGAGCAAAGAACGAUAGAGUAUGGACAUUGGAAUUUGUUGGGAAGCUUGAUGAGAGAUGUCGACGCAGGGAUACCGAACAGAGGCGCACAUACCAACAGCAGCGGAAAGUUCAUGUGCCGGGACCUGAGAGGAGAGAAUUUCUUACCUAUGCAAUAAACCCAGAAAGAUUCAGAGAAGAGUUUGAAGGGCCACCACUGCCGCCAGAAAGAAGCAGCAAAGAUUUUUGCAAGAUACCACUUGAUGAACUUGUCGUUCCUUCUCCAGACUUCCCUGUGCCUUCUCUGUACAUGCUAUCUGAUAAAGAGGUAAGAGAGAUAGUUCAGCAGAGCCUUUCUGUGGGAAACUUUGCUGCAAGGCUUCUUGUAAGACUCUUUCCAGAGCUCUUUACUCCAGAGAAUCUCAGAUUGCAAUAUAACCAUUCAGGUGCUUGUAACAAGAAGCAACUUGAUCCCACCAGACUCAGAUUGAUCCGUCAUUAUGUUGAAGCUGUUUACCCCGUGGAGAAAAUGGAAGAAGUGUGGCAUUAUGAAUGUAUACCAAGCAUUGAUGAAAGAUGCCGGCGUCCCAACAGGAAAAAGUGUGAUAUACUGAAAAAAGCCAAGAAAGCAAAAAAGUGACAGGCUCUCUAAAUUCUUCAGACUUUGACCACUAAAUUAUUUGGGAAGAGCAUAUUUUAUUCUAGACUGGGAGCCUGAUCUUACUAUGGAAUCAAAGGGCGAUGAGCGCUUUGGAAUAUUGGGCGCUAAGAUUGUUACUUUUUAAUACGUGUGUUGCACAUACAAGGGCACUGCAACAGUGGGCAGUGGUUUACUACAUUUGUACAUGAUAAAGACCAUAAAUGAUCAGUGAUGAAGUCACUAAUGACUCAUUAAGAGCAUGACUUUCGCUGGUGCAAAUACAUGUAUUAAGUGUAUUAGUCCUCUCCCCACUUUUGCAUCUUCCAUUUUUAUCACUUUUUUAAUAAUAAAAACCCUUUUUAAAAAUCAUUGUGCUCUUCAGGAGCAGUUUUGCAUUAAACCCUUUUAAACAUCAAGGAUAAAUAAUUUGGAAUCUGAAUUAUUUUUUAACUUGCAAGUUUUGUUUUUGAAAGUGCCAUGUUCAUUGAGAACGAUUGAAACAUCUGACUUGGUUACUACAGUAAUUACAGCUAUCCCUUUGUUUUGUUCUUGAUGAUAAUGAAAAUAACACGAGGUCAGUACUGGGUCAAAUGUAAUUUCCUUUUUGACUGUUACCCAUGUAUAUUUCCAUUGCUAUAAGAACUAAGACUUGAUUAGACACAAUGUGUUUUUACGCUGAGACCGUAGACCUGAUCCUUCACCCUUACUCAUGUAAGUUAUUACAUGGUCUUCAAUAUGACUACUGGGAACUGCUUCGGUGAAUAGGGUUACAAAACAGAAUCAAGUCCUUUACCAGCAGACUGUGUUGCCAUUGCUUGUUAGUCUCUCUCUUUUUAGAAAAAGUACUUGAAACAAGGAAUGUAGAAAAACAUUUAAGUCUUUAUUCUUCAUCAGAAUUAUGAUUCCAAAGUUUCCAGUAUUAAAUCAAAUAUUUAAUAAGUAAAAGGUAAAUACAAAGAUUUGAUUCUGUGGUAGAAUUGAAUGCUGCAGGGUCCCCACCUGUGAGCAGUGGUGAUAUGGUGUGUUUGUGUGAAUACUGCACAACCUGGAGUCUCUGAAUGUCAUAGGGAUAUUGAAAAUUCCUUUGAUUAUCCAAACUGAUUUAGUGUAAUUAAUAGCUAUCUGGAAGUGUAAUCUUGAAUGAUUAACUUAGGUUCAGCUGGUCAAGCUUGCAUUGUUAAUAUGAUCAGUUAUAAAGAAGAACAUCCAAACUCCAUUGUGACUUCACAAUUUGUGAUCUGUCCUUGGAGAGUGCCACGUUAAAAUCAGAACCUGAUUUCCCUCUCAAUUACGUUGCUGUAAAGCAGGAUGGCCGUUGAUGGCAACGGUGUGAGAGAAUCAAGCCUUCCAUUAGAUGUUAGUCAUGGCAGUGAUCAUUUAACACUGACCAUCCCUUGAACAUCUUGAGAUUUGUUGAGGUUUUCUGUGGUCCUCUUCUGUUAUUUACUUAGAUGGGUCAUAGUAUCACAUUUCAGUUAAGCCCCAGUGUAAAUUUCUAUUUUAGCAAUUAUAUUAAACUACAAAAUACUUGAUAUUUUUACUUCAGUUUUUUAGAAUUUACUGUUCUCAGAAUCAUGUUGACCCCUUCCUUUUUAAAAAAAAAAUAUUUUUUCUAAUGGCAAGAAUUAGCAAAGUUAUUUUACAGUGUUAAAGCAGUAGUAAGUCACAGUAGAUAGUAGUACUCACUCAUUUUUCCCCUAUGUGCUAGCAACAUCCUAAAAGAAUGUAUGAUGAGAGUCAUGAUUGUCCUGAAUAAUCUAAUUCUGUUUAAAUUCACUUAAAUGUUUCCUGUUGGCAUAAGUAAUAGCAGACCAUGCGCAAAAUGGAAAUCAGCACAAAUAUGGCUAUUAAUAAAAUGAGAACAUUUUACCAAAGAUAAUGAACUUAUACCACAGUCUCUGCAUCCUACCUUUCAUUUUAGUACAUAUUUUUAGCAAACUGAAUAUCAAAAAUGCAAGGUUUUUUAUAAUUAUAUGCUACCUAGAACCUCUUUGUGAACUUAUUAUACAUGCAUUUUUAUGGACUAUAUAAAAUGUCAUGAAAAUGGUAAAAGUCUUUUAAUUUAGAGUUGAAAAUGGCUAGCAUUUAUUCUGCAGCCCAAAAAGUAAGGAAUGUUAUAUGCAGAUUUUCUUUAUAGUUUAUUUAUCUUAAUGUCACAUUUGUUUCAACAAUAAAGUAUGUCAAAACCCGUUGAGGACUUCAACAUAUCUUAAACUUGCACAUGGAUGGUAAAGAGAUUAUAUGAAUGUACAGAAUUUUCUACCUAACAACAUACAAUUUUAAGAUACGUUGACAUUUUCAAUGAGUUUUGACAUUCAUCUGGUACAAAUGAAUCUAUUUAUAUGACACACUGAUCAAUAUAUGAGGGGUUUUAUUUUUAAAAAAUUACAUUAGCAAAAGUGAACAUGUAAUAGCUCAACAGAAAUGGUCUUUUUCCUCAACUUCUAGUCAAAUUACUGUAGUCUGCUUAUAUAUUAUAUAUCCUUCUGAUUUGAUCGUCUUGUUGGAUUGCCCACAAUCUUUUUACAAUUGACAAGAAUUUUUUGACAUUCUUUUGAAAGGCCAUUUGGUAUAAAGGCAAUAUACACAUGAAAAGUGACGGUUAGCUUGCAAAAGAAAUUUCUUGAGGUGCAUUUGGAAGUGAAUUCAUCCAAUUGGUUACAUAAUGAAACGUAUAUAUUGUUACAAAAGAAAUGCUGGCUCAUGAUUGGCUAUGAACAGACACAAACUGUAAGUUUCUAUUAGUUAACUUUUCUAAGGUCUGUUACUAAGAUCUGGAGUAACAUUAACCAGUCAGACUGAAUACACAAGUGAGGGCAUCUUGAUUAGCUGCAACUGCUCUAAUGUCAUCUCCCUUUUAGAAUGUUAUUUUAAAAGGACAAACACUUAAUGAUUUCAAACUUAGGCUAUCCGGAGAGAUUCCCAGAUAUUAAAUGAAAACAUUCAGAACAUAUGUAACCACACACACACUGACUUCUUAUUAGCUAUAAAUUGUUUUACUUCAGUAAAUCCUGUUGGGAUGAAUGUCAAAAGUCUAAGUAUCUGCUCAUUAUAAUUUUAACAUAACACUUUUGGUAAGUAUUGAACAACUCCCUCCUACAGUGAUUCUAAAGGAAACAGCAUUAGUAUUCAAUGACUCUAUAUUUUCCAGUGUGACUGUCAGAAUUUUUCCAACAGUAAAAAAAGGACUGCAAGCCUGCUACAAAAUUAAUGUAGAACUUUUUUUUUUUUUUU